CAUUUAGAGAAAGUAUGUCUCACACGUGAAAGCUAUCAACCUGAUUUACUCCAUCUGUGUACAUGCCGCUGGAACACCUAUCAAUUUCACUGUAGGAGAAAUUAUACUUCAAAGUCAUCGGCAAAAUUUCACUAUGAAUAUCAGCUGUUCAACUAAGGACGUGAUCAAUUUGACGAGGACGCUGGACUUGGUGAUCUAUGUGCCCAUCUUGGUGUUUGGCCUGCCGCUAAACCUCAUGGCAUUGAUGGUGUUCUGUCAUCUGCUCAAAAAAUGGACAGAGUCCUCCAUUUACAUGACCAACCUGGCUUUGAUGGACCUACUUUUGCUUUUGCCAUUACCCUUCAAAAUUCAUGCAGCAUUCCACAAGUGGGCACCCAGCAAAAAGCUUUUCUGCUCUUUCUUAGAGAGUCUUUAUUUUGUGGGUAUGUAUGGUAGCAUCUAUACAAUUGCCUGCAUUGCUUUAGACCGAUACAUUGCCAUAAAACACCCAUUCCGGGCAAAGCUGGUGCGUUCCAGAAAAACAGCCAUGAUUGUUUGUAUUUUUAUAUGGGUGUUUGUUAUGGGAGCAACCUCACCUGUCUACACCUUUCGAGAGGACAAAGAGGAUUAUUUCAAUUGUUUCCAUGAAUUCUCUGACGAGGGAUGGACUACUGCACUUAUUGUGUGCUUGGAGGUCUUGGGCUUCCUGCUGCCUGCUUCUGUACUAGUUGUCUGUUCCACUCAGAACAUCCGUACUCUCAAGGCCUCAAAGAGCAGCAGUCCCAAGAAGCAGGCUGGGGUGAGAAUCAUCUAUAGCAGUCUAGCAGCCUUUCUUAUACCCUUCACCCCAUGUCACGUAGCCAUACUCCUUCAGUACCUAGUCCGUAAUCGCUUUAUUUCAGACUGCAAACAACAAGAGAACAUCGCGCUGUUUAUACAGGUAUCCAUGAACCUUGCAAACAUUACCACCUGCUUGGAUGCACUUUGCUACUAUUUUAUCGCAAAGGAAGUCCGAUCCACCAAGAACACAGUGAAAAUGAGCAUCAGUAGAGCAAGGACCACCAGCACUUCAGACGUCUGAGAUGUAAAAUCCAGUUUCUGUGACUUUUUAGAAUGUGUGUUGAUCACUUCCAGUGGAUCUUAACAGCCAAAGAGACAGUAUCUUAUUUUGGUUUUAAAACCCCAACUGGAGGUUCAAUGCAUUUUUCAUGGAAAUAUAUGUAGAAAAUAUUGUGUGUAAUGUGUGUGCCACUAGCAGCACCAAACAGAAUUGAAAUCUGUUUUGUUUAAGUGGACUGGCAUUACAACAUUGGCUCAACCAAUGGCAUGAGUUUGGGGCCGGGAUUAUCAGUUUGUCCAAACAAUGGAGUGCUAAACCUUUGCAGUGAACUUAAAAUAUAUUGUUUCUAUACUUAUAAUCAACAACUUUAUAACAAUAAUUUAAAUUUGUACUAUCGUUUUUAAUUAAAUUGUGUCAUUUGCUAUGCUUAAUGGGGUUGUAGUUCUUUCCCUCAUGAAAGAUGUUAAGUACACAGUGUUGCACAUUUUUCUUUUUGUCUGAUUUUCAAAAUAUUUUUUUGCUUCUAAUCAAAGUUUUAUUUAAUUUUAUUUUUGUUCCCCUUUUUCUCCCCAAUUUGGAAUAAACAAUUCCCAAUGUGCUCUUAAGUCCUUGUGGUGGCGCUGUGACUCGCCUCAAUCCGGGUGGUGGAGGACGAAUCUCAGCUGCCUCCGUGUCUGAGACCGUCAAUCCGUGCAUCUUGUCACGUGGAAUGUUGAACGCGUUACCGCGUAGACAUAGCGCGUAUGGAGGCUUCACGCUAUUCUCCGUGGCAAUCAAGUGCAACUCACCACAUUCCCACCGAGAGCAAACCACAUUAUAGAGACCACGAGGAGGUUACCCCAUGUGACUGUACCCUCCCUAGCAACCAGGCCAAUUUGGAUGCUUAGGAGACCUGGCUGGAGUUACUCAACAUGCCCUGGAUUUAAACUCGUGACUCCUGGGGUGGUGAGCCGGCUGGUUUGGUUCAUGCUUAGAACUCCUAUGAAGCAUUUUAUGAAAUCCCUAAAAAUACUUACGGAACCAAGAUGGCUGAAUAAGUGGCCGGGCACUGUUGACCUCUAUUGGAGUUUGCAGUCCGACAUUACAACAUUGGCUAACUCAAUGGCAUGAAUUUAGGCUGGGACAAUUAAUUCGAAGAACAAGUGAAGACUGUGGGAGUGUUUGAAACUUGUUUGAAAACAGUAAUUAUUUUUACAUUUUAAGAUUUGUGGUGCUCACUUUUCAUUUCCACAGGAUGUGCCAAAAAUCUAAACACAUUGAGUGUACUGUGUCAGCUAAUAUGUCUAAUUAAUUGAAAUCUGUCUAUAAUUGCACUGUCCAAAUGACAAUCC